CCUAGUUUUCCCUCAGACUUAUAAGAUGUUUUUUUAUUUUAAUGUGUGAAGUGAGCUGUGUGUGUAUCAACACGUAUGUUUUUACUGCUCGUGGGAAAAGGAAACCGGGUGUAUAUGGCACAGAGAUAAGCUGAGUUGUCCCCACCAGUGUACCGACUGCAGUACUCAAUAGACUAUCUACAGAAAAAGCAAGCCCCCCUCCCAGACCAUGCCACGCCCAGCUCCCACAGAGACCCCACCCCCACUCUUCAGCCACGACCAGAAAGCCCACAGCACAUAAACCCCACGUGCCCCCUAAGCCUGUGCACCUGCUGCAACGGGGUCACAUCCCCCCAGCGUCCUCUUGCCCACUCCCAAACCCUCCUCCAAAACCAGGAGCGAGUGUGGGGUAAGUCAUCGAGAACAUCCAGAACUCCAGGUUUCCAUUUGUGGGUGUUUUGCUAAGCCUCCAGUGGUAUGUCAACAUGGAGUCUCAAUCUACUCCACAAUCUGACAUGAGCGGUCAGCCUCAGGUCACGGGGUCAAAAGCACAGGAUUCUGGGGAGUUAUGCUCCAUGGGUGGGCUUGAACUGAAACCCUCUGAUAUCACAGAACUUUUGGCUUUGCCCAGCUUAAACUCCUUACAAGUAGACUGUGUGAAUGACAUAGAAAUGACAGAUGAACUUCAAAAAGAGCAUACAAAACAUAGCAGCAGUGUUUUGGAGAAUAAUCAUAGUGAUUUACAUGGUGACCACAACGAUGAGAGCAGUAACCAUAGAGACACGGAGCCCGAGGGACCCCCACUCGAGGACCCCUGUGAGUCUCAGGAUCAUGAAGGGACGGAACAGAAUGGAAAGAUCCCGAAUCGUGACAGUGGGAUUGAUAGCCCCUCUUGUGGGGCAGAGGGGGAGGUGUUCCCAAACGAGGACCCUAUUGAGGAAGAGGACCGGAGUGAUAGCAUUGCCACGGAAACGGAGAGUAUGUCAUGUGUCACCACUAGCAACAAACGGGACUCAACGCAGGAUGAAGACAGUGAUUUGGAUGAAGGGAGCGGUGAAGAUCCAGACAGCCUGGAACACAAAGGUUUGCAGUGUGACUCUCAGAAGUUGUUGAAUAUUGCUAAAGAGUUGCUUCAAACAGAAGAAGCAUAUGUCAAAAGACUCAAUCUGCUGGACCAGGUGUUCUGUGCUCGUCUGACAGAGUCAGGCAUCCCUGCUGAUGUCAUCACAGGAAUCUUCUCCAACAUCUCCUGCAUUCACCGUUUUCAUCAUCAGUUCCUGCUGCCUGAACUACACACACGCAUCACACAGGAGUGGAGCUGUAAUCCUCGCAUUGGGGACAUCCUGCAGAAAUUAGCCCCGUUUCUGAAGAUGUACGGCGAGUAUGUGAAGAACUUUGAUCGGGCUAUGGAGCUGGUGAGCACAUGGACGCAGCGCUCCACUCACUUCAAAAGUGUCGUACAAAACAUCCAGAAGCAGGAUGUGUGUGGUAACUUGACGUUGCAGCAUCAUAUGUUGGAGCCAGUGCAGCGUAUUCCCCGUUAUGAGCUCCUUCUGAAAGAUUACUUGAAGAAACUGCCGGACAGUGCUCCAGACCGAAAAGACGCUCAGAAUGCUCUUGAGUUGAUCUCCACCGCUGCAAACCACUCCAACGCUGCCAUCAGAAAAAUGGAGAAGAUGCACAAGCUGUUGGAGGUGUAUGAGAGGUUAGGUGGCGAGGAGGACAUUGUUAAUCCAGCUAAUGAACUCAUUAAGGAAGGACACAUCAAGAAGAUGUCUGCUAAGAACGGCACUGCUCAGGACAGAUACCUCUAUGUGUUCAAUAAUAUGGUGCUGUAUUGUGUGCCCAAGCUGAGGCUGAUGGGACAGAAGUUUAGUGUCAGAGAGCGAAUCGACAUCGCAGGAAUGGAGGUUCAGGAGAACGUCAAGCAGAACAUCCUUCACACUUUCACCAUCAUCGGUAAACAGCGAUCUCUGGAGCUGCAGGCCAGAACGGCUGAGGAGAAAGACAACUGGAUUAAAGUGAUUUUGGCCACGAUUGAGAAGCACAAGCAGAACAGUGAGACGUUUAAAGCAUUCAACAGCUCCUUCAGCCGUGAUGAAGAGCACACACCUGACCCACCAAGCCCAGUGAUUAACACAAACACAUGUGAGACAGACGGAGCCCAGCAUGAGCGGAAGAGUUCAAAGAAGAGAGAGAAGGAGAGAGAAACAUGUAAAGGCUGCAGCGAGACCUUCCAUUUCACCAAACGCAAACACCACUGCAAGAACUGCGGUGCGGCCAUCUGUGGGAAGUGUUCAAAGUUGUUGGAGAGCAAGAACUCUCGCAUGUGUAAACAGUGUUUUGAAGCCCUGCAGGCAGCUGAAGGGACAUCAGGGGGCAGCAGUGAGUCCAAGAAAAAAAUUGAGAAGCAGCAGUCAGUCGCACAGUUGUCUCUACGUGCAGGAAAAGGUGAAGAGUUGGAGCAAGAGCUUGGUGGCCAUCACUAAAGCAAAACCUCUGGUGCUUUACCUGCAAACUAGCACACAGGACACUCAAGCUGUAUGUCUACCUGUAUGUCUCACUUCAGUGACAUCAUCAGAGAAAGAGGUCAAACAUGAGUUCAGACUGAUUUGUGACUUUUGACCGACAGGAUGGAGUUCCUGUCACUAUAAAGGGAGGAGCCACCAAGAUAUCAGUCAGCCCAAGUGAGAGCUGUAGGAGCCAAUGAGAUGAUUUCUCUCACCUCAGGCCCCUCCCCCUUUAUAAAGAACUCCUGUUACUUGAAAUCACUUUAUCCUUAGCACUUUUGGUCUUACUUUUUUUUAUUUGCCUUCCGUCUCAUUAUCUAUGCUCAUAAUUACACAAGCACAUGCACACACACGCACACACACACAGUUUACACCGUUAUUUUGGUGUUUUAUCAAUGCACUGUUCCACAUGAGAGCUGGCAACUGUUUGUAUUAUAUUGGAUGAAUGUUUAUGGAAUAUUACAGUAUAUGAUGAAUGUUUUUUAUUUGUUUCCUUCCAGAUCUGAUAGUAGUUUUAGUUAAAGCAUUAACUUGCUGUUUGCUUGUGUACUCUCAGUACUGUCACACCUCCAUUUUAUUGUUUUUCCUGCUGAUUUUUAAAGAUGAAAUCAGAGAAUAAGCACAUACACCAGUCAUGCAAUGAAAUACACAGGUCUGAAUGUUAAGCCAGUGAUAAUGGGUAAAUGUCAUAAAACAUGUCAAGAACAUGUCUGGAUCAUAUUUCACCCAAAAUCAUAAAGAAAGAAAAAAGAAAUUAGAUUUUGCAUAAAGAAAAAGAAGCCUGUAUUAAGAUGUUUUGCAUUGUGACAUUAUUUUCAGAACAGUAUGCACAUUUGACCUCCCAGUUCUCAUUACCGUAAUGUGAAAAAAGGUGAUAUUAUGUAUUUGUACAUAUUAUGGUAGUAUUUGUUGUAGUUUUCUUAAUUUAUGCUGAUUUGAUAGUUGUAAAUACAGUUAUUACAAUAAUUGUACCGUAUUAGAGUUACUGUAAAACUAAUGGCGGUAUUACAAUAAUGACAAACUAAUGAAAAUCUCCUUUAAGUAUAAUGAUAAUUACAAAAAAACUCAAAAGUAACCCAUCCUGAUGCAUUAAGGACAUCUUAAUGGUUCUAAAAUAGGCUUUGUUUACUUUGUGCAAAAUAUCAUUUCUUAUAUUUUCUUUGGAUUUUGGGGGGAAAAGUGACCUGGACAUGUUCUCACCAUGAAGCUGUCAAAAGUUUGUUUGUUAUAAUUUUGACCUUUUAAUAAGGAUGCCCUACUGUAUUUUUAUUUGUAUUUUAUUUUUUGGUGGGCAGACAGCUUUGGCAGGCCACUGAUUAUUACGCCAUACUACUUUUGACAAGGGGAAAUUAAGUGCCCCCUUUUUCUUUGUCACUUUUCUUGUGGUCUCUCUACUUUUUACAAAAUAUCAGACUAGUUCUUGUGCACAAGUAUUGAAGUACUGUACGUCUGCACACUUGCAGUGAGAUCUUGUUGGUGAAUCAUGCAUCUGCUCGCCCUUAAAUAUUGUUUAAACCCUCGCAAAAGAACCAGUAUUACUAUUAUUAAAUAUGUUUACAAAAGGUGUCCUAUAGCUUAUCAAUUAAUAAAAAGUAUCUGGUCACUA